AGGGGAGGGAGGAGUCUCGGGAUGGUUUCAUAACCUCCCUCUGGGGGACAGCACAGUGAGAGGAAACCAAAACCAGUCAAAUUGUGACUCCACACACUGCCAUUUCUGCUUGCUAUCUUUCAAAACACUUCUUUUUCCUGCGCCCUUCAGGAGAUUAUAAUAGCUUGCAGUUCAGUCUCUAAGGGCUUUCCUAAUUGAUCUUUCUCCUCAAACAAAAUAAGCAGUGAUCCCUGCAUUUCUGAAGAAGACCUCAAGAUCUGGACUUGUGGGGAAUUUCAGCAAGACCUUGAGAGAUGGAGACAGAAUGCAAGAGAAUUCUUCUGCUGAAAGGGCUUCAGCCCCUCAACGACGACCAGUUUAGCAUGGUUAAGUCCCUGCUGGACUCUGAUUUGGGACUGACUCCAAAAAUGAAAGAAGACUAUACCAAGGUCAAGAUUGCUGACAUGAUGCACAAGAAGUUCCGGGGGAUUCUCUGUGUGAACAAACUCCUGACGCUGCUCAAAGACAUAGAAGGACUAGAAGACACCGUGAAAACUAUUAAAAAUGAGAAGAGAAAAGUUAUGAACAAGUACAAAACACAGGGACUGGCUCCAGUGAAGAAAAGAAAGCAGGAGGCGUCCAACACUGACGAAUCGACAUCCACCGCAAACAAGGCUUCACGGCCACUUGUGUCGAAGAAAAGGAAAACUAAAACCACAAGCAACAAUAAAUCUAACAAGACACACCCAACACCAGAAUGGGGUCAGCUUGGACAACCUUCCGUCACAGGUGCCCUGUCACCUGCGAGUUUCUCUCAGCCUCCUCGGAUGCCUCCAUCAACCCCGGGCAGCAGUUUCUCGACCAAGAAAAGAAAAACUAAAGCCACAAGCAGUGAUAAAUCGAAGACGAUGCAGCCAACGUUGGAAUGGGGUCAGCUUGGACAACCUUCCGUCACAGGUGCCCUGUCACCUGGGUCCUUCUCUCAGCCUCCUCGGAUGCCUCCACCAACCCCGGGCAGCAGUUUCUCGACCAAGAAAAGAAAAACUAAAGCCACAAGCAAUGAUAAAUCGAAGACGAUGCAGCCAACGUUGGAAUGGGGUCAGCUUGGACAACCUUCUGUCACAGGUGCCCUGUCACCUGGGUCCUUCUCUCAGCCUCCUCGGAUGCCUCCACCAACCCCGGGCAGCAGUUUCUCGACCAAGGGAAAAAACUACUUUCAGAAAAAGAAAACGCAAAACACAAAUACCGCAAAAUCUGAGAUGAUGCAGCCAACGCUGGAAUGGGAUAAGCUUGGACAACCUGCAGUCACAGGUGCCCUGUCACCUGCAAGCUUCUCUCAGCCUACUCGGAUGCCUCCACCAACUCCGGGCAGCAGUUUCUCGACCAAGAAAAUGGAAACCCAAACCAUAAAAACUGAAAAAUUUGAGAUGAUGCAGCCAAUGCCGGAAUGGGGUCAGCUUGGACAACCUUCCGUCACAGGUGCCCUGUCACCUGGGUCCUUCUCUCAGCCUCCUCGGAUGCCUCCACCAACCCCGGGCAGCAGUUUCUCGACCAAGAAAAUGGAAACCCAAACCAUAAAAACUGAAAAAUUUGAGACGAUGCAGCCAACGCUGGAAUGGGGUCAGCUUGGACAACCUUCAGUCACAGGUGCCCUGUCACCUGCGAGCUUCUCUCAGCCUCCUCGGAUGCCUCCACCAACCCCGGGCAGCAGUUUCUCGACCAAGAAAAUGGAAACCCAAACCAUAAAAACUGAAAAAUUUGAGAUGAUGCAGCCAAUGCCGGAAUGGGGUCAGCUUGGACAACCUUCCGUCACAGGUGCCCUGUCACCUGGGUCCUUCUCUCAGCCUCCUCGGAUGCCUCCACCAACCCCGGGCAGCAGUUUCUCGACCAAGAAACCAAGAUUGAAGUCUGUACCUACAAAAGCUUCCAGAGAAGAGGGUUUACAGACAUGCGCCAAGGAAGUGAUGGUGCUGAAAGCCACAGAGCCAUUCGCAUAUGACAUCACAGGCGAGGAGAGAAAGAUGUUUCACGCCACUGUGGUUACUGAGAGCCAGUUCUUUCGAGUGAAGGUUUUUAAUGUCGGCCUGAAGGACAAGUUCAUACCAAAGAGAGUCAUCACCUUAGCAGAUUAUUUUGGCCGCAACGGGUUCCUGGAAGUGUACAAUGUCUCUUCUGUGUCUGAUGUCAGUGCUGACCGAAAGAUGGAGGUCUCAAGCAGACUGAUCCAAAAUGCAAAUGCAACUCCUAAAAUCAAGGAGCUUCGCUUGGAAGAGCCAGGAACAUUUGUGAGUGGGGUGUAUCAGGUGCAUAAGAAAAUGGUGUUGGGUCAAUGCAUCACUUUGUAUGAAAUACAAGAUGAUACGGGGACGAUGGACGUCUUGGUGUAUGGACGACUGACCAAAGUCAACUGUGAGAAAGGCGAUAAACUCACACUCAUCUGCUUUGAACUAAGUGGGGAUCGAAGACAGCUGAGAUCUAUAACUCACAGCUUCAUCAAGACUCACACCCUCCUCCCACCUGUCUUCCCCGUGAGAACCAUCCCUUCAACUCUUGGCAUUGAGUACACCUGCUCCUUCCUCUCUCUCCUGCCCUUCCACGUGCACUCAUGCUGUGGGUCAUCAAGCCCAGGAAAAACCAGAAACAACAACUCAACCCUGAUUUGUAUAUGAAAACCCCAGCAUAAUGUCCUUCUAAAAACCUGGAUGCCAUUAACGAUGUACAUGGAAAUAAAACCCAAAUACAGAAAAGCUAUAUAUGUACAUGAUAGAAAUUCAGUGAUAGGUAUACCAGCUGUUAAUUCUAGGAAAUAGAGUGUUAAUGGAUACUUUUUAUUUUCUUUUUAUAUUUUUCUGUGACACCCUAAUGCCAUAUUUUGCAUGUAUAAUUUUUAUAAUUUGGGAAAAAAUAAUAAACUUUUUUUUGCUAAAGGA